AUGGUAUUCCACGUGGAUGCUUCACCAAUUAAAAAGUGCAGCGCUUACUUUGGUGAAACCGUAAGCCCCAGAACUCCUGUUGUCAUGAUUCCCGACGAUUUCGAUGAAUGUAGAACGGACUACAUAGAUGCUGCCUCUCCCCGAGGUCUUAUAGAAGACCCACGGACCACCAUGUCAUGGAUUAAAAAUAAAAAGGCAGCAACAUUUUUCAUAAACUUGCUCACCUGUCUCUAUGCCCUUAUACUAACUAUUGUGGCUUUUAUUAUUGAAGUAUCACCUGUGUGGAGAGAUGAUAUCUGGUUGGCAGAAGCAAUCUUCUUCAUUUUUAUGUACAGCAUAGGCAUUGUAUUUUUCAUCUACUGCUACUUAUUUAUUAUCCAUCCAGAGGCCUAUAAUUAUUUGAUUGGACGGCUGGCGCGAAUGAGGUUCAUCAAAGCUUCUCAUAUGUGGACCAUUCGAAAAACUAGCCAUACUGGAGAAGGAGCAGGCACUCUUUACCUACGAUUAGGAGCACUAUUUUUUGGGAGCGCAGGCAUCAUAUUGUUCGGAUUAGAAGUCUUCUUAUGUAUCGAGAACCAUAUCUGCAGAGGAGCAUCUAUAGCAAAGCAUGUUGUAGCUAUGAUAUUUACAUUCAUACAAAUGCAUUUCAUAUUUUGCAAUUCGAAGGUGGUGAUAGAGUGCUACACCUUGGGUAAGCUGGGUAUGAUGCAUUUGGUCUCGGUUAAUCUAUGGACAUGGUUUCGUUUUGUACUGGCCAAAACAGCCCACAAAGCAGCUAAGAAAUAUGCUCCAGAAUCGUCAUCAUCAUCCUCAUCAAGCGAAGAGGACGAUUAUUCACGCGGAGGGAGUCAUGAUCUACUAAUUAAUGUUGUAAAUAAAACAAUAGAAGCACUGACAGAGUCGAACACAGCUGUAUACGGUAGCACAUCAUCUUACAAAAGCACAAAGCAAUCUCUGACUGCUUUAACGCAGUUUGGCGAUGUUGCCACUUUUCUUACGACAUGUUUAGUAGAAUACUCAUUGAUUGGCGCUGCAGUAAUGUUCAUUCAGUGGAAAUCUAUAGGAUGUGAAUCAAGCCAUCAUUCCAGCAACGAAAAUAUGAAGCGUAAGCAGAAAAUGAGGAUUGAUUGCAGCUCAUCGUCCACAGGUCUCUUCGCAGGGAUCAUCUUCCUCAUUGCUUCAUUUGUAUCUAUGGGCAUGUACACCAUAUUCGAGGAGCUACGAAACAGUGCGGGCGCUCAGCUGCUAUUCGGAAUCAUGGACCUUUGCAUGUUCAGCAUGACUCUUGGAGCGUGUUUAUUCGGACUUUGGAGAAUGAGAGCUCUACAGUAUCGCCUACAUGCGCAUGGAGAGGUUAUUGACGAAAUUCUUCUUAUAAUAGGGCUGGUUGGAGAAAUUGUCUACUGCGUCAUUGGCUUGGAUAUCUUCAUCACCAACCGACGAACACAUAAAUAUCACUCGAUUCUUCCUGCUUUCGUUUUUGUAGUUCGUUUAGUGCAGGUGGUAGUGCAAGCAGCGUUCAUUUUGGUAACUUCAAGGCUUCGCUGCCUGUCACCUUAUACUAUCAAAUAUAAACCUGGCAAGCAAAUGAUCACCUUUCUACUCGUGGCCAAUGCUACGCUUUUUGUUUUCCAUACAUAUGAAGGAAUGAAAUCGAGUUUUGGUAUCAGCGGUUACGGAGGAACUACAUACACAAACCUCAUUUAUGCUGUAGCGCCAUUGCUCGUCUUCUACAGAUUCCACAGCUCCGCAUGUCUGGCUGAGAUUUGGAAGCACACCUACAGCACAAAGUCACAUCCAGGCGGUUCGAUUAUGACCGAUUCAAAUCUGACUUUGGAAACGACAACCUCGGAACGACGACAGAGUCAUUCGUGA